AUGAAUCACCUUCCACAAGCUUGGGGCCGUCCUAGAGACGAUGUUUAUGGCGCCUAUGAUGCUUCAUAUCUUCAACAAAAUGGACCAAAUCAACACACUCAAUCACCCAUCGUCACUGGUACAUCGGUUGUGGCGUUAAAGUUUAAAGAUGGUGUCGUAAUCGCAGCAGAUAACUUGGCAUCAUAUGGUUCUCUCGCACGAUUCACAGACGUAAAACGUCUUCGAAAGUUCGCAGAUACAUCCGUUGUUGGAUUUGGUGGCGAUGUAUCAGAUAUGCAAUACCUGGACCGACUUCUCCAGUCCCUCGAUACCGAAGAAGCUUACGGCGCAUCAGGCCACACCCUCAACGCUCAUAAUCUCCACAAAUACCUCUCCAAAGUCCUUUACAAGCGUCGAUCCGAUUUUAAUCCUCUAUGGAACACUUUACUGGUCGCAGGAUUGGAUGAACACGAUAAACCUUUCUUGGCGAGCGCCGAUUUAUUGGGCACCACAUUCUCUUCUCCAAGUUUGGCUACUGGAUUCGGUGCGCAUUUGGCCCAGCCGUUGUUAAGAAAGGUUGCACCAGAUGAGGAAGCUGCUGCGAACUUGACCAAAGAAGUGGCUUUAGAGGCAGUUAAAGAGAGCAUGAAGGUCUUGUUUUACAGAGAUGCUAGGAGUAUGGACAAGUAUUCGAUUGCGGUUAUCACAAAGGAGGGUAUCGAUUUGAAGGAGAAUGAAGAAUUGGAGAAGCAAAGUUGGGCUUUCGCUGAACAAAUUCGGGGAUACGGGACCCAGGUCAACUAA